CCCCGCCGCCGGCAUCAGGAAUUGGUUCAUUCUUUAGCCUCUGGGUUUGUCCACCUCCUGGGUGCCAGGUGCUCACUGGAGAGGGGACAGCAUUUCAGAGGAACCUGUCUGGGAGGGGGACGGAGCCAGAGGGCUCGAGAUGGGAGCGGGAGGGCCGAGCUCUAUUGGGAGGGGCCAUCCCCAAGGUCGGCCACCUGGAGGCUGCUGGUCUGGGGGGCAGAAACAUACUGUCUGUGUCGAGCUGUCCAUCGGGCUGUCAGGAGCUGGCCCUGAGCUGGAGGGGGUGUGGGCGGGCCUCAGACAGGACUACUGGUGAGGGGUGCAGUGGCCUGGGGCAGAUGGGGAGAGGUGCUCUCGGUGUCCACUGUGGGGGUCCCAAAGCCCUGGGACAUUGAUGGGUCCUGUCCUGAGAACAGUAACGGGGACAACACCCAAACAAGCAUUCUCUAUUCAUCUGCUGCAGUGUAUUAGCAGCCACAUGAUGCUGCAUGACGGAUCACCCCAAAACAGACACCUGGCACGGUGGGCCCUGCCCCUCACCCGGCCCUGGCUGCCCUGCAGAUGGCAGACACCAGACUCUGCGUCCAGGGCCAGCUGCUCCCAGAAGCUCCCCACAGCCGGACCGUGGCAGUGUGCCCUGCAGGGCAGGGCUCAGGGCGGGGUGGAGGGGCAAGGGGAGCAGCCACCCCACACCCACCAGGACAUGGAUCAGAGGCCUGGGAAGGCACCUCUGCCCUCACAAGGUGUCCGCAUUGCAGAUUCCCGUGACCCUGCUGUGCAAGGGAGCACUGUUUUCUCAACUCUGAAUUUUGAAAACAAAUCUUGCAGAAUGGAAUGAUUUGGUGACACUUAGCUUCUGAAGUUAGAGCUGCUUUACGGCUCAGACUUUCCAUCCAUUGGACUCUUGUGAUGAGGAUGUCUGCCCGUGGACAGGCCUGGGACACGCUCUGUGCCUUGGGUGAUCCGAGCUGUUCACCGCUUCCAGUCAGCCCUGUGUGUGCCGGAGCGGCGGCCACCGGUUCCCUCCCAUCACCAAACCCGCAUCUCUCGCGUUUCAGCUGUGCCACGACGUGUGUGCGUUUGCCGGCUCUCUGACACCGUCGCCCCGUGAGGGUCUGGUGGCUUCAUUGCUGGAGAGCAGCGCGUCCGUGCUCACGGAGGGGCGUGCAGGGCAUCUCAGGGUGUCGGCCACCUGGGGGCCUCUCCAGGCUGUGACGGUGCCGGAAGGGCGGGCCACGGCUCUCAACGCCAGACUAGCGUGACGGCCUCGGGAGCAGUGCCGCGGGCCCGGCUGCACCUCUGCCGCUUGCUUUUCGUCUUUCGGUCGGCGCGUGAUGUCAGCAGUACAGUUUGCAGGCCCCGUCACCCACGGAGCUGCCUCUCUGGGCCUUCCCCGUGGGGAGCGCCGGCCGCGGGCUCCUGACUCCGGGCCGUGCCGCUUCCUUACAGAGCGCUGGUCUCACUACGCGCUUCUGAACAGAAUCACAGCCGACUCCGUGGAGGGCUGGCAGGAGCGUUCGCGUUCUCUCUGUGGGUGAAACUCACCGUCGGCACAGCGUGUUCACGGUGCAGCUCAAGACUCUGCCAAACUGUUCCCAGCGCGGCCUGCCAUUGCCCCCCGCAGUGACAGCGACACACUGUUGCGGGGUUUUGCUGGCGCCAUUCUGGCCAUGUGGCACCUCACCCGAACGUCCCCGACGACCAGUGGUGCCGAACACCUUUCCCUGUGCUUGCUCGACGGCUGCGUGUCUUUGGAGAGGCGUCUCUGCAGACUCUUGCCUUUUCCCACUGGGUCGUCAGUUUCCUCGCUGUGGAGUUUGAGGGUUCCCUUUCAGACAGAAGUCCCUGGCGGGAUAUGUGAUUUGCAAUUUGCAGGUAUUUCCUUGUAAUCUGUGGCUUUCCUUUUCACCCACUAGACAGUCUUUCGCAGAGCAGAGAUUUUUAAUUUUGACAAAGUUCAGCUGAUAGGUUUUGAAAACAGCCGUGCUUUGGGCGUCAGCAUCUGAAAACGCCUCACCUCGCCAGGUCGCCAAGGGUUCUCCCAGCAGCCUCAUAGCUGUGCACUUGACGUUUAGAGCCGUGACUCGUCUUACGUUGAUUUUUAGGUCAAGAUUCUUUUUUUCCCCUUUUUUUCUUUUCUUCCUUUCUUUUUUUUUUUCCACAAAUGUCCAAAUGUCCUCACACUUUUUUGUUGAGAAUACUACCUUCCCUCCACAGAUCCAGAGACUCGCUUUUGGACCUUUGUCAGAAGUGGGCGGGCCACGCUUGUGGGGCCUGCUCCUGGACGCAGUUCUGUCCCGUUGGUCUGCGUGUCCGUCAUUCCGUCACACUGCUCUGUCGUGGUUGCUAUAGCUGCAGAGCUUUCACCUCCCAUGGCCCGACCGUGAUCAUGCCGACCUGGUUCUGCUCGCGAGCAUGGUUUUCCCACGUGGGCUUGUUCGACGAGGGCGGACAGGGUGUGCCCGAGGACCUGCUGUUCUUCUACGACCACCUGAGGAAGGGCGGCGGGGUCGUGCGUGUGGACCAGAGCCUGCUCCUCUACCGCUACCACCCCAGGGCGGCCACACACUCCAUCCUCGAGACCACCAUCUGGAGCCACCGAGUCCGUUUCCUGGAAGAAUGGGCCCUGCCACGCUGGGCCACCUUCACCAUCUGGAACGCUGGCCGACAGGGCCGCCGCCUCUACCGCAGCCUGACGCCGGGAGCACGGGCCAAGGUGGUUGCAUUCUGUGAUGUGGAUGAGAAUAAGAUCAAGAAGGGCUUCUACUGCUACGAGGACUCCAAGGAAAGGCCCAAGCCCCGGGUGCCCAUCGUGCACUUCCGAGAUGCCCGGCCACCCUUCGUCAUCUGCGUGAAGCUGGACCUCACAGAGGGUGCAUUCGAGGACAACCUGCAGUCUCUGAACCUACGGGAGGGCCGGGACUUCCUGCACUUCAGCUGACGGCCAGCGGCCAUGCCCAGGUCAUUUCUGCAGGUCUUCCAGGCCCUCUUCAGCUGUGUCCACGUGGUGGUUCACGUCAUUCAGCACUUUCCCCGACUCUUGGCCACUUCCACAGGUGAGCACCUGUCAAGUCUUCGUGGACCUGACUGUGCUGCGUGUGGCCGGUGACGCCCGUUUCUGUGAAGUCCGUCCCUUCCAUCCUGUGGGAACCGGCUGCGCCCCUCCCCUGGCUGGCGCUCCUUCCGCCUGCUGUGCAGACGCUGGUCGGUGGCCAGUUUCCCCGGCGUGCACAGGAGGGUCUGCAGACGACGUGGCAGUGCAUGUCCCUGGGGGCCUUCUCCCCACGUGACACAGAAGUGCCCUGCCCACCCUCUGUGGGCCUGGUCCCCACUCACCUGGUGCUGCGGGUGGGUACCGUGCCCACCGCUGCCACCCAACCAGCCCAGUGAGACUGCGUGCGCUGCUUCGCAUCUGGCGGUGGGUGUGCACGUGGCCCGCCAGCAGAGCUCGCUCCUCCCCGCCGUGUCCGCCCCGCCGCACGUCCCAGAACCACCCAGAGGCCACCUGCGUCCUCGUGCUUCUUGGCACUCAGGUCACUGCGGUGGCACAUGUGCCUGCCUGCUGUCUGCUGCUGGUGACAGUGUACAUCACAAGCAUGUGGGGCCCCCUCCAAACCAUCAGCAACACUCGGGUGAACCCAGCAACCACAGCUGCACAAAGUGGGUGCUCGCAGGCACUGCUUUGACCAGUGGGGUGACCAGCGGGGGUCUGAUGUGGCUGAGGCGAGCAGAGGCUGCUGGACACUGUCUGCUGAUCAAUGGAUCGACUGUUUUCCUUGAGCUGCAGAGUCAGAACAGCAUUGAAAUGAACUGUCACGACACAGUGUCAUCGGCAGGUCUGCUGUUUCCAUGUCUCAAAAGGCCGUUUCUCUGGAAUCGUUUAUUAAUCACACUAAAAACGGUUCAUUCUAUUUCUCAGAAGGUGCUUGAGUGGUUUUCUGCAGACAAGGUCCAGAUGCUGCUCUGCAGGCUGUGUCCCCUCCCCGACCUGCUGUGUGUCCCUGUACCUGGUGGGCAUGAGAGUGGAACCUUGUAGUGUGGCCUCACGUGGUCUGAGGCUGGUCACCUAGGACCCCGCACUGAGUGACAUCUGCCAGUCGAGAGGUCUGGCUGACCUUCCGUCUGAAAUAGAAAACUCCCUGCGUGUUUUCAGGCUUAAAUGAAAUAAAAGUGAAGCCAUGCAGUUAAAGCCUCACAAAACACA